UCACAGCUCGAUUUUUUUACUCGCGGAAAUUUUUGAAAGACCAGGCGAGCCGCUGGCAAAGUGCAAAAUCUCAAUUUAUGUUGCCCAAAUAAAUUGUUUUGCAAUCGAUUUUGUUAAUGCAACAUGUCUGCUAAACCUUCAUAUGCAGAUCAAUUCAAGAGAAAUGACGACGUGUUCAGAAACACGAUGGAAGCUAUUUUUCAGAAGUAUUCUAGUCUAAAAGAUCCUGGGAUAGACGUCUGUCUGAAAACAAUGACCUGCAGGACUAAUAGAGGUUCUGUGCCCAUUGGCAGUGCAGAGGGAGAACGUGAGCUGGAAGCAUUAAAGACUCGAGUUAAAGCAGAUUAUUCAGUGAGGGAGUUUGAGGACCAGGAAAAUGAUCAGUUUCAGAUGGAUGUGUCAGCGGUCACUGAGGAUGAUCUUAAUGGCUCAAGUCGAAAGGAAAACAGAGAAAAUCUGGGGCACGGAGGUGAAUCAUUCCUCCUCUCUAUGAUUCUGAAUAACACAUCUCCAGAAUCUCAGUGGGCUGAGCGAUCUCCAACUGAAGAAGAGGAUGAAGAGCUGGAGAAAACCCUGAGCAGCCAUGGCAGUACCCUCCUUGAUGUCUAUCCCAGCAUGCUCAACCAGAUCGGAGAAGCGUACCGGCGACAGCACAUGACUGAUACUGCGAGGGCCGUGAUGCAGAAGUACCGCCGAAAACAUUGGCAAGCCGGCCCGACGCAUCGCAACACAUCCUUUAAGAACAGACACAACUGCACUCUCAACAAAACAACAGAGAUCUCAUUUACCAGUCAAAGUCCAGUUAGAAGAAACAUUAGCAACUUUUUCAAGAGCAGCGACAAACCAAGGUCUUCGCCACUCAAAAAUUCAUCCUGCGAGGAAAGUGCCUGUUUUUACUCACCCAGGAGGAACAGCGCAGACGUGAGCGGUGUGAAGGAUGAGUGUCCAUGGACUGAUUUGGAUUUAACCAGUAAAACUGCUCGUGUGAUUGACUUGUCCACACCUCCACAUUCAGGUUCCCCUUCAUUUAGUGACCAAUCUCCAGAUCUGGACCAAACCUAUGAUGUUGGACCAACAUCCCAUUCUGUUCCAGCCUCAUCGGUCCUUAGUUCUCCACCACGAAGCAGAGCAGAUCUGUCUCUAAUUGACCAGAGAGGAAUAUCAGUCACCUCCCAACCUUCCUCAUGGGACAAAGACUGUUUCAGGGACCGCAUACAUUCUCCUGUCCCCACCCCUCAGCGCGGUCUCAUUAGUGUUUUGUCUCCUAGUGGGAAAAGUAGCUUCAGACCUAGUGUGCUGAACAUGGAAAGGCAAUUAAAUACAUCAGCAAGUCCUAAUCGAAGGUCUCCUGUCCAGCAUCCGUCUCAUUCUGAGGUCCUCAGAUCUCCUUAUGGUGUCAAACAGGUGCCGUUGUCCUCACCCUGGCGGUCUGUUUAUGACCACCCUGACCAAAGCUCAUCCAAGGUGGAGAAACCAUCACGUUUAACUCAAUCCGACCGUCAUCGCUCUCUUUCUGGCCCCCAGUCCACUCACUCAUUCAGCGAACCGCAGAUUGAUGCACAGUUCAGAAAGCUGUAUCACCACUUCAUCUGUCGUGGCACAUCAUCACCGUGUCCUUCCUCCCAGUGUCAUUUGUGUGAGAGACACAUUAAGGAGACACCCCAAAGCCCCAGCUUUUCCUCUUCCAGCAUGUCUGCUCUUGCUCUGACACCCCUGAGGGCCAAGCUCAAGAAACGCCAUCGUCAACCUGAAGUGGAAGAGUCUCUCCGAUUCAAACGCUUCCGAGAGAGUCGUUCUCCACUUAAACAUCUCCAGCUGAGAGACCAGUGUAUAAGCCACGGCAUGUCAGAACCUACUGAAGACGAACACAACUGGGAUAGAGCCGUCCUGCUGCAGUGCCCCAGUCCACGGUUCCUCAGGGGCACCGCAAACCUCAGGAGAAUCAGGGAGGCCAAUUUAAGCAUGCAAAUGAACCCACAUGCUUUGUCUAGGAGAGAUGCCCCAAGCAGAGUCUAUCUUGUGGAGGCUGUGUCACCCAUGAGACGGUUUAGUCAGGGUGCCUCUCCACUCUCUCCUAGUCUCUCCAGGAGGCGACUGCAGUACAGUUUUCUGCAGUGAUGAGCUUUCCUGCACGCAUCUCACAGCCUGCCUGAUAACCCUUGCGGGAUAAACAAUAUAUUGUGACUAUAUUAACUUUACCCUACUGAAAAAACAUGGGAUGACAUCUGGGUGUAGAUAUGUUUGUCUGUAAAUAAUGUAAAGUCAAACGUUUUUUCAACAAUUUUUUUAAUAAACAAUUGUUCAUUUCACAA